AUGGCCAGGGAUAUUCCUCCUCCCAUACAUAACCUUCAUGCCAAUGUCAAGCGUAUUAUUGCUACGCAUAGCAUUAUGUUACAUCGCCCAUUUUGUCGCCAUCAUGCAACCAAAGAGUCACCAGUGCGACCGGCCGUUGACUAUUGGUCGUUUCCCAAGAUAUCUUUGCCACUGAUCACACUGCAGUCACGUUUAAUCUGCGUUUUACAUGAGGACAAGCUCGAGGAGGCCAAGACUGAAGCUGCUGACCAAGAUGACGAAUAG